AUGUGCUGAGCGCGGCCUGGGGCUCACUUCACCACCUUCACCUACUAUAGUCGUACAUUUCCAAGAGUGACGAAGGAAUUACUACCUGCAUACUCAAUCCUGACCAAGAGAUCUACAACGUGGUCACGAUCUGUUUGAUUUGCGUCUGGUCAAGUGUUUUACAAAGUUAAGAGUUCAGCGUGAUGGACGUACACCUCUACACCAAGAAAAAUGUCCUUUGGCGGCCGGGAGAGGGCAGCAGCGUCGUUUUGAGGGAGUCAGACUACCGCCCCUUUUGCCACGUGGGCAGAACAGUCCACCUUGACGACGCACUCCACAUUUGUGCUGAUAAUUGGAUGCAACCCAAGCCCAUCACGACCUUGAGCACUCUUAGUGAUAAAAUUUGGCAUAAGCAAAACCACCAUCCCUGUCGCAACCUUCGCGUCCUCUGGUUUGGCCCGAAGCUUGACGGAGAGGACGAAGACGCACACGACUGGUACGGUAAUGUUCAGUUCGCCUUCCCGACAGAUGUCAUGAUGCACCACUGGAGAAAAUUUUACCUCGUGGAGAUGCUGACGACGUCCACGCAUACCACAACGCGCAUUCUGGUGACCAAUGCUGACUACUCGUCCGUCCUGCCGCCGUACGACCCCCGGACUCCAGGCGGGCCGUGGCGACUCAACUCCGAAGGCCGCCAUGAGUGCCUGGCGGACUGCCGCCGGUACAGCAAUGAGGGUAAUAACGGAAACGGACACAUCCUGGAGUUUAUGAUUGAGGUUGAACCGUUUCAGAUAAGGACGAUCUUGGCUGAGUCGACCUUAUCCUUCAGGAACCACGAGCAGGGGGGGAAUGUUGGCCCUCACGACUGCCAUAGGUCUGGAAGGCUCUCCAUGUGCCCGACACCUUUGACCAGGGACGAAGCCGCUAGAAUAUUCUUCUUGGAGCACCAACGCAGCAGUCUCCAGCAGAACAUGGCUGCACCCAGGCUGUCUCCAAGCGCUGAGACUCUGCUGGCUUCCCUCCACUUGCACGGCCGGACCAGGCAGCCUCAGCGUCAAUAGGACCCAUGAGAACUAAACGAGGAAGUCAAGAAGUAUAAACCAGUGUUCGGGUUUGGGCAAGAGAAUACGGAAAACUAGCAAGGUAGAGAAAGAUAAAGAGGUUAGAUAAGCUAUGAAAAAAUAAAGUGUUUGAGGGUUAAGUCUGCACGAUACUAGAUGAUUACCACUUAUGUUCAGAUGUUAAAAGAAAAAAAAAGUUAAAUAUAGGGCAGACUAGACAGUGGUAUAAAAGGGUCUGGAAAAGCUCCGGCAAGAAGUCAAGUUGAUAAGUAGGAAAAAAAAAAGUAAUGCUGAGGGCAGCGGUAGACGAGAAAAAAAUCAACAAUAAUAAUCGGCAAGAAUGGGGAAGAAGUAAGGACUAAAAUAAUCAGAGAGAAAGCUGGAAUGAACUCCAUCAUGGGAAUCAAACACAAAAUAACAAAAUGAGCAUCACAAGGAAAGAUCGAGGAAUUCUUUUGGAACUGGAUCUUAUGAAUAUGUUAAGCACAUUUCCUUAUUCCAAAGUUUCACAUCUCAAAUGUCGUGGAAGACACACUGAGGAAUAAAGAAAAAAAAUAAUCAAGAA